AUGAUUGACGAAGAUCACUUAACCGACUUAGAUAUCUCUGAAGUAGUUGACGAUACAGAUCAAUAUUUCAACACAGAAAAUCAAGGGUCAGAGCCAUUUGAUCCGGAAAUUUCUAAUAUACAAAAUUCGGAAGAUUUAAAUUCUGAAGAAAAUCCUGUGGUAGAUAAGAAAACUCCAAACCAGAAGUCUGAAGUUAUUCGUUCAACUAAGUUACCAAUGGCCAGGAUAAAGAAUAUAAUGAAAAUGGACCCUGAUGUGACCAUUGUUUCAGCAGAUGCUGUGUUUUUAGUUACUAAGGCUGCAGAACUAUUUCUGGAGACUAUGGCUAAAGAAACAUACACUUACACAGCUACAAGCAAAAGAAAAACCAUCGCUAAGAAAGAUUUAGAUCUUGUUAUUAAUAAGGUGGACUGCUUAUGUUUUCUAGAAGGUGCUAUGGACUUU